UAGUCCCCGCCUCCUGCAGGCUCCUUUCGGGGCUGGUGCUACUGUCCGCUGUCCGGAGAGUAAACUGCUGGGCCUGCAGCUACAAGCAGAGAGAAAGUAUGAAGCCAUCCUGGCUGCAAUGUCGCAAAGUAACAGGCGCCGGGACGCUUGGGGCGCCCCUGCCUGGGUCCCCUUCAGCGAGAGGAGCCGGUGCUGCCCGAAGGGCUUUGGUGGCGGGUCUCGGGGGCAGAAGCUGCAGGGCUCUGACCACAGGCAGUGGUGGUGAAUACAAGACCAACUUCGCAGCCUCUGUGGCAGACCCUGAGAGGUUCUGGGGUAAAGCUGCGGAGCAGAUCAGUUGGUACAAGCCUUGGACCAAAACGCUAGAGAGCAGAUACCCUCCUUCCACUAGUUGGUUUGUGGAAGGGAUGCUCAAUAUUUGUUACAAUGCUAUUGAUCGGCACAUUGAAAACGGCCAAGGGGAUAAGAUUGCUAUCAUCUAUGACAGUCCUGUUACAAACACUAAAGCAACAAUUACCUAUAAGGAAGUCUUGGAGCAGGUCUCUAAGCUGGCUGGUGUCCUGGUCAAGCAGGGUGUCAAGAAGGGUGACACGGUGGUCAUCUAUAUGCCCAUGAUCCCACAAGCAAUAUAUGCCAUGCUGGCAUGCGCAAGGAUAGGAGCAAUUCACAGCCUCAUAUUUGGAGGAUUUGCUUCCAAAGAAUUAAGUACCCGCAUUGAUCAUGCAAAGCCUAAGGUGGUUGUUACAGCAUCCUUUGGGAUUGAACCUGGAAGGAAGGUAGAAUACAUCCCGCUUCUAGAAGAAGCAUUAAGAAUAGGACAACACAGACCAGACAGAGUUCUCAUUUACAAUCGUCCAAAUAUGGAGAAAGUUCCUUUGAUGUCAGGUCGAGAUCUUGAUUGGGAAGAAGAAAUGGCAAAAGCCCAGUCUCAUGACUGUGUGCCUGUUCUCUCAGAACAUCCAUUGUAUAUUCUCUACACAUCUGGGACAACUGGGCUGCCUAAGGGUGUGGUUAGACCCACUGGGGGGUAUGCUGUAAUGUUGAACUGGACAAUGUCUUCCAUAUAUGGACUCAAACCUGGAGAGGUGUGGUGGGCAGCUUCUGACUUAGGCUGGGUUGUCGGACACUCCUAUAUUUGCUAUGGGCCACUUCUACAUGGCAACACAACAGUCUUAUAUGAGGGAAAGCCUGUGGGAACACCAGAUGCCAGCGCUUAUUUUCGUGUGCUUGCAGAGCAUGGAGUGGCUGCCUUGUUUACAGCACCAACUGCAAUUAGAGCAAUCCGUCAACAGGACCCUGGGGCAGCCUUGGGGAAGCAGUACUCUCUGACAAGGUUCAAGACACUGUUUGUGGCUGGUGAAAGAUGUGAUGUGGAGACCCUGGAAUGGUCCAAAAAGGUCUUCAGAGUCCCUGUUUUAGACCACUGGUGGCAAACAGAGACCGGAUCCCCCAUUACAGCAUCCUGUAUUGGAUUAGGUAACUCCAAAACACCUCCACCUGGGCAGGCAGGAAAAUGUGUCCCAGGAUAUAAUGUUAUGAUUUUGGAUGACAACAUGCAAAAACUGAAGGCUCGAAGCUUAGGAAAUAUUGUGGUAAAGUUGCCAUUACCACCUGGGGCUUUUUCAGGACUCUGGAAGAAUCAGGAAGCAUUCAAGCAUUUAUACUUUGAGAAAUUUCCUGGUUAUUAUGACACUAUGGACGCUGGCUACAUGGAUGAGGAAGGCUACCUGUAUGUUAUGUCUCGAGUGGAUGAUGUCAUAAAUGUUGCAGGCCACAGGAUUUCUGCAGGUGCUAUUGAGGAGUCAGUCCUUUCACAUGGCACUGUGGCUGACUGCGCUGUGGUUGGCAAGGAAGACCCCUUGAAAGGUCACGUGCCCUUAGCACUCUGUGUGUUGAAGAAAGAUAUAAAUGCAACAGAAGAACAAGUUUUGGAAGAAAUUGUGAAACACGUUAGGCAGAGCAUUGGCCCUGUGGCUGCUUUUCGAAAUGCAGUUUUUGUCAAACAGUUACCCAAAACCAGGUCUGGCAAGAUUCCACGGUCUACACUGUCUGCCCUGGUGAAUGGCAAGCCUUAUAAGGUGACCCCUACCAUCGAGGACCCCAGCAUUUUCGGUCACAUAGAAGAAGUUCUGAAGCAGGCCUUGUGAUUUUUGUUUACUCUUUUCAGUCAGUUUGCCUUAAUUUUCCAGCUGGAAUUAAGUUGUUAAAUUUCUAUAAAUAGAUACUUGAAAAAUCUUUUACCCAUCGACUCAAACGUGAACUAUAGCCUUAAAUCAGUCUGGUGGCCCUUGAAAUGAAGCAGAAUGUUUUGUUUCACAUGAGCCAGUUUGUAUUGUUACCUCUUUCCUGUAACAUGGAUCAUGAUAUGCUAUCUAGCAUAUUAAGGAACAUUUCUGUAUUCUGUGAUUUUACAAAUCCAUGUGCCUUACAGACACAUUUUAAUUGAAAGUAGCUGUACUGUAAAGGUACUUCCUUGAGAUAAGAUUCGGCCACUCUUUGAUCAAAAUCUAAACUAAAAUCAAGUUGGAAUAUAAUUUAAAAUGUUAUUGUGGUUGACUACCUUAAUUUUAGGUAACCAUCUAGAUAGACUAGGUUGCCUAGCAACAUAAGACCCCAGGGUCAAGCACCAUUUCCAGGUUGCUUGUUGCUGGGUAAGGAGAGGCAUCCUUCCACCAAAUCUUUCGUGGAGAUAAAGGCUCCUGUGUUCUCCUUUUAUGGUUGAGAGUGUGCAUCUUGAUGCCUUCAUUUUCGAUGGAAUCAAGGAAUGGCAUACAAAUUGAAAGGAAUGACAAGAAGGAUGUUUUAAGAAUAAAUUGGAAGGCUUUCAUCUCAUGUAACAAAUCAAUAAACUUUCUGGGUAAUAUCAA